AUGAAACAUAAAGAGGAAAUGUGUACAAACCACUCUGUUGAAGUAAUUGAUCAAAUAGUGACUAGCACAAUGCAAAGAAAGUUUCCUGAAUUACCAUUGGAAAGAGUUCUGAGUCUGUCAGUCAGAGAGAUUGAAGAGAAUGAUGAUGAAAAAGAAAAAGAAGUGCUUGCCAUGCUGGAUACACAACCUCUUUGGAUGAAAUCCAAACCACGUCGGUGGGAGGACCUGAGAUCUUCACCAGAAUUAGAAAAUGAAAAGGUAAGUAAACCAGGAUCUGGGACAAAUUAUCCUGCUAUUAUCAGUUCUGAGCUAAAUGCCAUAGAUGAGGAAAAGUUAAUACAGGAUAAUCAGAAACCGGUAGUGCAACCACAGAGGAGGUUAAACCCAGCAAUGAAAGAAGUGGUAAGGAAAGAGGUUGUAAAGUUGUUAGAUUCGGGAAUGAUUUACCCCAUUUCUGACAGCUCGUGGGUGAGUCCAGUGCAUGUGGUACCCAAGAAAGGAGGAACCACAGUAAUUCUAAAUGAAAAGAAUGAAUUGAUCCCAACUCGCACAGUGACAGGGUGGCGAGUAUGCAUCGAUUACAGAAGACUGAACACUGCAACAAGAAAGGACCAUUUUCCUCUCCCGUUUAUUGAUCAAAUGUUAGAAAGACUUGCAGGUCAUGAGUAUUAUUGCUUUCUGGAUGGAUAUUCGGGAUACAACCAAAUUGCUGUAGCCCCGGAAGAUCAGGAAAAGACGGCAUUUACAUGUCCUUAUGGUAUUUUCGCUUACAGACGGAUGCCAUUUGGGCUAUGCAAUGCCCCAGCUACUUUUCAGAGGUGUAUGACAUCUAUAUUCUCCGACAUGCUUGAAAAGUAUAUGGAGGUGUUUAUGGAUGAUUUCUCUGUGUUUGGUUCUUCUUUUGAUAAUUGUUUAGCUAACUUGUCUCUUGUUUUGCAAAGAUGUCAGGAAACUAACCUUAUUCUCAAUUGGGAGAAAUGUCAUUUCAUGGUGCAGGAAGGAAUUGUUCUAGGACACAAAAUUUCCCACAAAGGAAUUGAAGUGGACAAAGCCAAAGUGGAGGUGAUAGCUAACCUCCCACCCCCUGUGAAUGAAAAAGGGAUAAGGAGUUUUUUGGGUCAUGCAGGUUUUUAUCGCAGGUUUAUCAGAGACUUCUCAAAAGUCGCCAAACCAUUGACUGAUUUGUUAGUCAAGGACAAACAAUUUAAUUUUGAUAAAAACUGCAUGGUAGCUAUCGAAACUUUAAAGAGUAAGUUGAUCAGUGCACCUGUUGUCAUCGCCCCCGAUUGGUCCUUGCCUUUCGAAAUAAUGUGUGAUGCAAGUGACCUUGCUGUGGGGGCUGUCCUAGGACAGAGAAAGGACAAAUUAUUGCAUGUGAUUUAUUAUGCUAGUCAUGUCCUUAACCCGGCCCAAAUGAAUUAUGCAACUACCGAAAAGGAGUUGUUGGCCGUGGUUUACGCUUUUGACAAAUUUAGAUCAUAUUUGCUUGGUUCAAAAGUCAUUGUGUAUACUGACCAUGCUGCUUUAAAGUAUUUGUUUGCUAAGCAGGAAUCAAAGCCGAGACUUUUGAGAUGGAUCCUCCUCCUUCAGGAGUUUGAUUUGGAAAUCAAAGACAAAAAGGGGUGCGAGAACACGGUCGCGGAUCACUUAUCUCGCAUGUCCCCAAUCAAAGAAACUGAGGAGGAACAUCCUAUUCAGGACACAUUCGUUGAUGAGAAAAUACUUGCUGUUCAAGAGAUACCAUGGUUUGCUGAUUAUGCAAAUUAUGUGGUAGGUGGAGUUAUACCUGAUGACUUUAAUUCUCACCAAAAGAAAAAGUUUCUUUAUGAUUGCAGGUUAUACUUAUGGGAUGAUCCAUUUCUUUACAAAAAGGGAGUGGAUGGUUUGAUCAGAAGAUGUGUUCCAGAAAGAGAGCAAACGAGUGGGCAAGUGGAGGUAUCCAACCGUCAAAUAAAGCAAAUCUUAGAAAAGACGGUAAGUGCUUCCCGGAAAGAUUGGUCAGUAAAGCUGGAUGAUGCAUUGUGGGCAUACAGGACUGCAUUUAAAACACCAAUAGGUAUGUCUCCCUAUCAAUUAGUUUACGGUAAGGCUUGUCAUUUACCACUCGAACUCGAGCACAGAGCCUUCUGGGCCUCCAAAUUCCUUAACUGUGAUCUUUUCAAAGCUGGUGAAUCCCGAAUUCUUCAACUUCACGAGUUGGAAGAAUUCAGGAAUCAAGCUUAUGAAAAUGCCAAAAUUUACAAAGAACAAACAAAAAAGUGGCAUGAUAAAAAGAUCCAGAAAAAGGAAUUUCGGGAGGGACAACUUGUACUUUUGUUUAAUUCCAGGUUGAAGUUAUUCCAAGGGAAAUUGAGGUCAAGAUGGUCUGGACCGUUCGUCAUUAACAAAGUACUUCCUUAUGGAGCAAUAGAGCUUAAAAAUGAGAAGAAUGGCGACACUUUCAAAGUUAAUGGUCAGAGGUUAAAGCCAUACAAUCCCGGUGAAGGGGGUCCACAGAGCAACAUCAUGUCUCAAUCACCGUCUGAGAUCAACAACUUCCGUACCACCCACCAUGCAGAGCGUUAUGAACAAAUAAAGGGACGAAGCAUGGUUGAAGAAAAACAUUGGAUGUAUCAGAAUGAUACGUAUCCAGAGGUCACGAAUAUCCUAAAGAAGCAGAAGUUGAUCUAUUUUAAUGACAAAAUCCAACCGGUUUCACUGGAUUUGAUCUGGGAGUUUUACGCGAAUGCGCUAAGGGUAACAUCUGACGAAGACGAUCCCACAGGUAAUGCAGCGUUCGUAUCAUGGGUCAGGGGCACAGCGAUCAAAUUUGAUGGAAGAACGAUCAAUAGUGUGCUGAAAUGCAAGUUUUAUGAUUCCGUUUGUCCGUUUAAUGAGAUGAAACGGUCGGACAAAAACUAUUGGCCUUACGCUGACAUGAAAAAUUCACUGAUUAGGCCAGGCCACGAUUGGGCACCCACGUCCAAAAUCUCUCCUGCAAAGGUUAUGGUGGUUGAUCUAGCACCGAUUCCGAAGGCUUUGGCCUAUUUCAUUCAUCACAAUUUGAGUACUAAUCGAAGCGGGUCAGAAUUAAUAUCCGAACGUGCCUUACUGCUCCAUCAGAUCCUGCAUCAGAAACAAGUGCACAUUGGACAAAUCAUAGCUGCUGAUAUGGAUGACAUAGCUCAGUCGCCUAAGAAAUCCUUAGGCCAUGCGACUGUGAUUUACCUGCUGUGCAAGAAAGCGGGUGUCCCGGACUUCUCUGAUUCGCUGAUGUUGCGACCAGCUGCACCCCUGAACGCCCACUGGAUGAAAGAGAGGACGGUCACAGAUGAUCAGCCCCGCCCUCUGAGGCAACCACGAGACAGGGAGGGAAGCACCAGUGCUCCGCAGCAGGAGGCUCAGCCGACUGCAGCAGAAACACAGCCACCUCAGCCUCCUCCGAUUGAUGAGAACUCCAGAGAGUAUCGGAUGCAGAUGUCCCAGUUUUGUUUGAUGCAGGACUUCUGUUUUCAGUAUGGGCUGUCAGGGAGAGUUCUGACUCAUCAGACGGAUCUGUAG